AUGUUCUUGAAGAUCCUCACCAUCUUCUUCUUCAAUCUCCUCUUCCAAUCCCUAAAAUCCUCUUCCCAAACUCUCAGCUUCACUUACAACAAUGGCUUUACUCCACUCACUGCCACUGACUUAUCCCUCCAAGGGAUCACAACCGUCACUCCAAACGGUCUCUUGAAGCUAACCAACACGACCGUUCAGAAAACAGGUCACGCCUUCCACACCAAACCGAUCCGGUUCAAAGACUCUCAAAACGGCACCGUUUUCUCCUUCUCCACGACCUUCGUCUUCGCCAUCCACUCUCAGAUCCCGAUUCUCAGCGGCCAUGGCAUCGCCUUCACCGUCGCGCCUACCCCAAGCCUCCCAAACGCAACGGCGAGCCAAUACAUGGGUCUCUUCAACAUCGUAAACAACGGAAACGCCACAAACCAUGUCUUCGCCGUCGAAUUCGAUACGAUCCGGAGCACGGAGUUCAACGACCCCGACGACAACCACGUCGGAAUCAAUCUCAACAGCUUGGAGUCUGUGCAAACUUCACGAGCUGGGUGGUGGGACGAGAAAGGCGAAUUCAAAAACCUGACUUUGAUCAGCCGUAAGCCGAUGCAGGUCUGGGUCGAUUACGAUGGUCGUUCGCAUAGAAUCGAUGUGACGAUGGCUCCGAUCAACGAGGACAAACCCGCAAAGCCGCUUGUUUCCGCCGUCAGAGAUCUCUCUCCGAUUCUCCUCCAAGAUAUGUUCGUGGGUUUCUCGUCGGCGACCGGCUCUGUUCUAUCGGAGCAUUACAUCCUCGGCUGGAGUUUCGCGGUGAACGGAAAGGCUCCGACUUUGGCCUUAUCGAGACUCCCGAAGCUUCCUCGGUUCGAGCCCAAGAGAAUCUCCGAGUUUUUCAAGAUCGGGAUGCCUUUGAUUUCCCUCUUCUUGAUCUUCUCCUUGAUCUUCCUCGUCUGCUUCAUCGUGCGGAGGAGGAGAAAGUUCGCGGAGGAGCACGAAGAGUGGGAGAAAGAGUUCGGCAAGAACAGAUUCCGAUUCAAGGAUCUCUACUACGCCACGAAAGGUUUCAAAGAGAAGGACCUUCUCGGAUCCGGUGGAUUCGGGAGCGUUUACAAAGGUAUAAUGCCCGGGACGAAGCUGGAGAUCGCCGUGAAGAGAGUCUCUCACGAGUCACGGCAAGGGAUGAAACAGUUCGUGGCGGAGAUCGUGAGUAUCGGUCGGAUGAGUCAUCGGAAUUUAGUACCUUUAUUGGGUUAUUGCCGCCGGAGAGGAGAGCUUCUUCUGGUGUAUGACUACAUGCCUAACGGAAGCUUAGACAAGUACUUGUACAACUCUCCGGAGGUGACGCUCAACUGGAAACAGAGGAUCAAAGUCAUUUUAGGCGUUGCCUCUGGUUUGUUCUACCUCCACGAGGAGUGGGAGCAAGUGGUGAUUCACCGUGACGUGAAAGCUAGCAACGUCUUGUUAGACGGAGAGCUCAACGGGAGGCUCGGGGAUUUCGGUUUGGCUCGGUUGUAUGAUCACGGGUCGGAUCCUCAGACGACUCAUGUAGUUGGAACGUUGGGGUACUUAGCGCCUGAGCACACUAGGACGGGGCGUGCCACGACGGCGACGGAUGUUUUCGCGUUUGGUGCGUUCUUGCUUGAGGUGGCGUGCGGGAGACGUCCGAUAGAGAUUUGUCAGGAUAGAGACGAGACGUUCUUGCUUGUGGAUUGGGUUUUCGGGUUGUGGAACAAAGGGAACAUUUUGGAUGCUAUGGAUCCGAAUAUGGGCUCUGAGUGUGAUGAGAAGGAGGUUGAGAUGGUUAUGAAGUUGGGUCUCUUGUGCUCUCACUCUGACCCUAGGGCUAGACCGAGUAUGAGACAGGUGUUGCAUUAUCUGAGAGGUGAUGCGAAGUUGCCUGAUUUGUCUCCGUUGGAUUUGUCAGGGAGUGGGAUGAUGUUUGGGGUGGAAGAUGGGUUUAGUGAGUUAGGGAUGUCGUAUUCGUCGUCCGUCUUUAAAGGGUUUACCGGUGGUUCUUCUAUCGCUGAUUCUCUACUCUCCGGUGGGAGGUGA